UUAUGACCAAGGAAAAUGUCUAAAAAAAUACAUUUUCUGUUACAAGAGCGAUAAAUAUAUACUUUACGAUCCGCUUUCAUUUGCUCUGCACUAUAGCUGCUGUUCAUAAGUUCGAUUUUGCGAUAUGCAUAAAGUCAAAAAUAAGGAGGAUUCACCUCAGAAUGUUUCUUUUUUGUCGGGCAGCAGUAAUUUUCCCACGUCGAGGAUUCAAGAGCAAAAACCUCCUCUGAGGUUUAUCUCUGAAUCUGUACCAUCGAUGGUUUUGAACGUGAAGUUAUUUGAAGUCUACGAACAACACUUUUCGGAUCCUCAUAUCGACAAGGAUUCUCUCUCUUCAAUCAUCAAAUGGCCCGAAGACGACGUAGUUGUAGAAGAGCAGACACAUAAUAUUAGAACAAUUCAACACAUUCCAGGUCUUCGAGAGGGUGUCCGAGAACAAGAUGUUUUUAUAGACUAUGUGUUGAAAUUUUUCGAAAAAAAUUGGGUUAUCGUGAAGAAGAAGUAUGAGAUGUACUCUCUUACAAAUUAUGGCGGUGUCGAAGACCUGAAAGAUAUUUAUUAUUACGUGGAUUCACCCAACGCAGAGCCCUCUGAUAAGCCGGAAAGUUCAGCUAUUAAGAAUUACUCUAGCGACAUACCUAAUGUCAGCAGCAUUAAUGAGUUAGCUAUUACUGAUGUCACCCAGGAUCGCUUUUGUCUUUUUUCUUCUUAUUUAUUUGAUAACUUGGUCAAAAAUGUAAAUCCGUUCUCUUUUGGAAAGGGGCAAAUUGACAGAUUGGCUGGAAUUCAAAUUCUCGUUAAACCUUUAGAACUUGAAUUUGAAAUAGGCUAUAUAGAACCUUUGUAUGGGAGUAUUUCUCUGUAUGACUUGGAAAAAAAAGAGAAAAUUUCAGAAACUUGGAAUUUUGAUUUAAAUCCUCAAGAGAUUCUGCGGAUGAUUGACAUUAACCCAAAAAAUAGAGAUCCGAUUGCGUCAUCGAAAGUUUGCAUUUUCAACUUGGCAUAUGCUAAUCCUAAUAUUUACAUGUUUAUCACUGUGUCUAAAACGCUUCUUCGAGCUUCUUCCUGCGCUUCUGAGAUCUAUCUCAAUCCGAAAGCUAAGAAGAAGGAGCUUGAUAAAUGCGUCAAUGAGAUUCAACAGAACACUGCGUUCCUUCGCAAGUAUCAUCACACAUUUGGAUACGCGGCUGUUCAACUAUUUAGCGAUGAACAGACGCUAGCUACUUCAAAAGUCGAGAUGAAUGGGCUUUUUAGAUUCAAGCUCGACAAAGACAUAUUUUCUUGCAUCGAAAAGGCUCUGGAUAAAUCUUCGAAAGCUAAGGUGCAAAUCCCAGCUAGAGUUUCGAUAGAGCUGAAAAUGUUGAAAGACGAUGCUGAUGUAGGGCCGCGCUGUACCCAUAACUUGCAGAUGGUUAAGUCAGCAAACCGACAACCGGACACUCCAAUAGUUCGGGAGAUGGCAGAUUUUACGUACAUUGGUAUCAAGAAUAACAAAUGCGUGGUCCCCUUUGUAAACUAUGAGAACAGCAUGUACCUUUUGCCAGAACAGGCUAAUUUUAGUCACUAUAGUGGGAAUUGCAAAAAUGUAGUAAUUAAAUUCAAGAUGCUAGAAGAUGACGAUGAUCUUCAAAAGGAAGGUCUUCCUCUCUUUUAUGGAACAAGCGUCCAGGAUAAGUUUACGAAUACGGCUAGUACCAAUGUCACCUAUCACAACAACAAAAAGAGGCCUCUUUUUUUUGAGGAGAUUAAGCUCGAGCUUCCUGUUUCUUUGACGUCGAAGCACCAUAUAGUUGCAUCCUUCUACCAUGUGCAAUGCCACAUGAAAAAGUCCAACCAUUCUGAUGACCCGAACUUGUUGCCUAUAGGAUAUGCAUUAAUUAAACUCUAUCCAGAUGGCAAAAUUUUGAAUGAUGGAGUUUAUCAUUUGCCAAUUGCGUUGAGUUUACCAUCUUCGGACUAUCUGAGCCUCUAUCCGGCUUUGGACAAAGUGGAUUCGUUGCGAGUGAAUUCGGAGACGUCCAAGAACGUCAAGUGGCUUGAUGCUGGUAAGCCGUUGUUUACGAUCGGAAUCAAAGCCAUUUCAUCAAUAUAUUUCCAGGAUCAUUACCUUGUUCAACUAGUUGAUCAAUACAAGGCCUUUCGUGAGCAAUCACACGACUUGAAAACACUUCAUGUUGUCCUCAAGGACUUGGUUAGGGCACACCCCUCUAAGCUUAUUGCACAUUUCCCGGUGGUGUUUGAUAUUCUAUUCUUCAUCCUUUCGUUUACCGAUUCGGCUACCCAAAACGAAGUAUAUACGCAGCUGUUGAAUGCUGCGAUGACAAUCCAGCAGAAUUCUGAAGACUACGGCUCGAAGCUGCUUGAAAACUACGUCGAAUAUAUGUUUGAACUCGUUCCGAAUGCUUCUCAUUCCCUCCCGAACGUCUUGUUAGAGCUGUGGUACCUUCAAUUCAUUCAGACACAAGACCUCAAGUCUUCUAGUGUUAUCUGCGCUUGGUUUUUGUUCAAAUUGCUUUACAAGGCAAUGGUGCUCAUGCUGCGCAAUGAUAAAAAGCCUUACAUUGACACCAAGAAUAGAUCAGAGCGUUUUUCCGGGAAUUAUCUGUUCAUGCUAAAGUUCCUAAUUCGCAAAUGUGCAAUCUUGAUCAAGCAGCACAUAGCUGGGAUAAAGGUCAUCCGUCCGGAGCCGCACGCUGCUUCCAACUUGAUCACCAAUACCACCCCUGUCAAUAGCAGUAGUAGUAGUGGUAACAUCGGCGCUCGGGUCAAUCGAGACGCGGCUGAGGCAAAGGCUGAUCCUGUUUCGUUGCAUACCAAUUUCUCUCAGCCUGAGGACGAGUGGUGCAAGGACCUCUGCAAAUCUGCUGCUCUGUUUUUACGAGAUCUUCUUUCGAUUCUAGACCGGGGUGUUGUCUGCAGCAUGAUUUUCAGUUUCAUUUCGACGCUGGACACUCUCCGAGAGUUUACGUUGCCCACCGUCUUUUACAAGUUUUAUUUUAUGAGGAUUAUAUGCGACUACGAGCAUUAUAUUCCGCUCAAUCUUCCUUUGAAGAAUCCCGUUAAUUUUACCUCCGUUACUGAAAUACAGCAACAGUACUAUCAGCGCCAUCUUCUCUCGACUCUGCUUCUCAGCGAGGUGUUCGAAUGCUCCAAUUUGCAAUCCGGACACCGACAGCGCUUUAUCGCCAUACAGACGCUGCGCGACCUGUUCAUAAAGCACGACAUGGACCCCCGGUAUUCGGCACCUGAAAAGAAGUCCAGGAUUGCCGAGAUCUACUUUCUCUACGUCAUUUUGCUUUCGGAGCGCUGGGAAGUGAUGAAGACGUAUAGCGACAUGAAUUCCGAGGAGGAGAGCUGCUGGCUCGUCUGCUUUCUCUGGAUAUUGAAGCACGUAGACAUUGCCGUGCUCAAGUCCUGGUGGAAUUCAGACAAGAACGCAGACCACCAUUUGGGGUUUUUGAGCAGCCUGGCGUCCGCGCUGUCUAUAUUUGAGUAUCGCGGAGCCGCCGAGUUGUCCAAGUCCGAAGCAGUCGGUAGAGAGCUGUCGACAGAGUCAUCCAGGGAUAUUCACAAGAGAGACGAGGACAAGGAUCGGCGAGCGAAGAAGAAGCGCUCUUUUAAGCCGAAGACGGUGUCGUCUAUGUUGAAUCAGGUAGUCGACAAGGAUCUCAUUACCUACACCCAGGACGUGGAUUACAACCAGGCGAAUCGGUUGUUUUUGAAAAAGAUUUCGUUCAUGUAUCAGUUGCCCGUACUGACCAGGAAAAUGCAAAACCUGACUAGAGAGGUCAGUCUGAUUGUGUUGUACAGUCUCGCGCACUGGAUUUGUCACUAUCACAGCGCGUUGCUGCAGCCCGUGUCAGACGGUAGUGGGUUUGUCUUGAGUGGGAACGGUGGCGUGGCGGAGGCCAAGAAGUCGUUUGUGUCGUCAUUUUUGGUUUUCGUGAGCAUUUUGAGCAGCAACCAGGCGUUUGACGUGAUUGAGCUCACCUACAAGCAUUUGAAGUGGUUGAUACCUUACUUCAAGAGGCCGUUGUUCAGGUAUCGUUCUGGCGUCUGCGGUUCCCUGACGCAUGCGAUUGUUUCUAUGGAGAAUUCGAACUGGCCCAGCAUUCGAAGCAUGGCGAACGACUUGUUCUUUUUGAUGAUCAAGAUGAACAUGUCGGAGUGCAAGCAGUUUAGUCGAAUGAAGCUGCAGAUAGGGGUGGCCAUAUCUGAAUUUUUCGCGAGGCAAAAGCUGGAUCGCGUAGACGGCGACGAGCCGUUGAAGUAUUUUUUGCAAGACAUGCCGAAGUAUUUGACGUUGUACUUUAAGGACGUGAGUUCGAACCAAGGCGACUUUUUGCAGGAGGUCAAGGUGCUAUUGGGCAGAGUCGAGAAGACGAUCAAGACCAACGUGAAGAUGGCGGAGUAUCGCUUUGAUCCGGAGUCGAUGAUUGACCUUUACUAUCGAAUCAGUCUUAGCUACGUUGAUUCUCCUGACUUGCGUCUUCCGGAGCUGGAGAAGAUUGCCCUGAUGCUCGAGCAUCAGGGCCAGUACGAGGAGUGCGCCAUGGUUCGAAUUACUCAGGCGAUUUUGGUUGCCGAAUACCUCCGGCUGCUUUCUCGAUUCAACCCGAUUUACCACGCCUCGAAAAACAAUCUGAUUUAUGAGGCGCUGAUCAAGGAUCUCGUGCUGCCCAAGCGCAGCGAGAUUGCCUCACUGGAACAGGAGAUCUGUCAAUCUGAGAUAUUUACAGAGAACGGCUUUUUGAACUAUCUACAGCAGGCGAUUUCGAACUUGAGAAAGAUUUCCAUAUUCGAGUCGUGUAUUGAGGUUUACAAUCUUACUUUACCGAUUUACCAGGUUCGUCACGACUACGAGAAGCUGUGCGUUUGCUACGGUGAUCUCUACCAGCUGUGCAAGUUCACGACUAACAGGGCGCAGGCGAACAACCGCAUAUUUGCCCAGUACUAUCGCGUUGCGUAUUUCGGUAACAAUGAAAAGUUUCAGGACUUGAACGGAAAGCAGUUCAUAUACAAAGAGCUGGCUUCCUCUCGUUUGGACACCAUUCAGACUCACUUGACCGAGCAGUUUUUGACCAUUAUUCCGGAGGACUAUUUGCACUUCGUGAGCAACACCAAAUCGCCUGAAGAUCUGUCGAUCACUCCGAACCAUCUCUACAUUCAGCUCGUUUCCGUCACCCCGUACUUCUCGGAGAGCGAGCUGAUGUCUCGGCCCACACUUUACGAGCAGCAUCAGAACAUCAACCGGUUUGUGUACGAAAUACCGUUUAGCACAUCUUCUUCUUCCGAAAAGCUAUCAGACCAAUGGAAGCACAAAUUUAUCCUCACCGUUGACGGGUUUUUUCCCUGCAUCAAGAAGCGCCUGCCGAUUAGUCACGUUGAAGUCGUGGACAUUUCCCCCAUUCAGGGCUCCAUUGAGCUCAUCCAAAGGAAGGCCCAAGCGCUCAGCGCCGAACUCAAUUCGCUUUCCAAGAACACCAAAACUUUGCAGCGUGAGCUGCAGGGCACCUUACUUAUUCAGGUCAACGCUGGUCCAGCCGCGAUCGCACGAGAAUUUUUGGCCGCCAAUGCCGAUUAUCCUUUGGAAAAGAAGAAGGAAUUAAGGAGCGCGUUUAUAGAAUUUCUCAAACUUCUUGCUGAAGGGUUAGAAAUUAAUAGCCGCAUCAUUGGCGAAGACCAACAGGCCCUUCAGAAUGAGUUAGAAAAAGGGUACUUUAUGCUAAAACAACUUAUUUGCAAGCUGACAGACACCCCGAUAAGUGAAAUUCAGGAAGGGUUUUUAUCUCAACAAUAGCAUAUCAGCUACUUUGUGCACAUUUUUCGUAUUUUUUUUUUUUUAGGAUGGUUUCUCCUUAGAACAAGAAAUAAAACACAUAUAUCUGCACAGCAAUUUUUUUAAA